AUGGGGUUCUUCUGGAAACUGCGCCUGACGAUUAUCGUCUUCUUCCUUCGACUGAUACAUCGCCGUACGCAAAAGCGCCCUCAAGCAAACCCAGACUUUGUCCUUCGAAUUCCUUCCCGCGAUGCUGGCCGGUCCAUCAAGGCACAUGUAUAUCGUCCUACCAUUCUUCAGACUCCGAGCCCAGUGCUCCUCAACUUCCAUGGCUCUGGCUUCAUAAUGCCUCUUCACGGCAGUGAUGAUUUCUACUGCCGCCGGGUCAGCAAAGAAACCCCAUUCACUGUCCUCGACAUCCAAUAUAGACUCUCGCCACAGAAUAGUUUCCCAGCUCCUCUACAUGACAUUGAAGAUGUCGUCAAGUACAUCAAAUCCUCACCUACCGACACCAAUAAUGGCAUCACAUACGMCCCCAGCCGUAUCUGCAUUGGUGGUUUUAGCGCCGGCGGAAAUCUGUCUCUUGCUGCAUCCUCAAUGAUACUACCACCAAACACAUUCCGAAGCGUAAUCGCCUUCUAUCCMCCUGCCGAUCUAGCCACCCCGCCAGACGCCAAAUCACCACCCGAGCCGACUGACAAACAAAUACCGCCCUGGAUGGCCAAGGUCUUUGAUGGGUCGUACUUUCUGGAUCGAGACGCUCGCGAUCCUCGGAUUUCGCCCUUCUAUGCGCCAGCUGAGAAUUUCCCGGAUAAUGUGUUGAUUGUAACGGCAGGGCAGGAUUAUCUAGCUGAUGAGGCAACGGGUCUGGCUGAGAGAAUAAAGAAGGAGGCUCGAGAUAAACAUGUUGUUUCGCUGCGAGUAGAAGGAUGUGGGCACGCGUGGGAUAAGAAUAUUGGUGAGGAGGAUACUCACCGAGCGAAGAAGAGGGACGAGGCUUAUACGGCGGCGGUUGAGAUAUUGAACAGGUCAAUUAGUUGA